UUCGGUUCCUUAUCCGGGGACUGAGUUGCUCCGUGUGAUUGGCCGGCGGAGUCACAUGGUGAAAGUAACUUUACAGGGUCGCUAGCUAGUAGGAGGGCUUUAUGGAGCAGAAAAACGACAAAGCGAGAAAAAUUAUUUUCCACUCCAGAAAUUAAUGAUCAUGAGCUCGUAUUUGAUGGACUCUAACUACAUCGAUCCGAAAUUUCCUCCAUGCGAAGAAUAUUCGCAAAAUAGCUACAUCCCUGAACACAGUCCGGAAUAUUACAGCCGGACCAGGGAAUCGGGAUUCCAGCAUCACCACCAGGAGCUGUACCCACCACCGCCUCCGCGCCCUAGCUACCCUGAGCGCCAAUAUAGCUGCACCAGUCUCCAGGGGCCGGGCAAUUCGCGAGGCCACGGGCCGGCCCAGGCGGGCCACCACCACCCCGAGAAAUCACAGCCGCUCUGCGAGCCGGCGCCUCUCUCAGGCGCCUCCGCCUCCCCGUCCCCAGCCCCGCCAGCCUGCAGCCAGCCAGCCCCUGACCAUCCCUCCAGCGCCGCCAGCAAGCAACCCAUAGUCUACCCAUGGAUGAAAAAAAUCCACGUUCCCCCAGUGAACCCCAAUUAUAAUGGAGGGGAACCCAAGCGCUCCAGGACAGCCUACACUCGGCAGCAAGUCUUGGAAUUAGAGAAAGAGUUUCAUUACAAUCGCUACCUGACCCGAAGGAGAAGGAUCGAGAUCGCCCAUUCGCUGUGCCUCUCUGAGAGGCAGAUCAAAAUCUGGUUCCAAAACCGUCGCAUGAAAUGGAAGAAGGACCACCGACUCCCCAACACCAAAGUCAGGUCAGCGCCCCCGGCCGGCGCUGCGCCCAGCACCCUCUCAGCAGCCACCCCGGGCACUUCUGAAGACCACUCCCAGAGCGCCACGCCGCCGGAGCAGCAACGGGCAGAGGACAUUACCAGGUUAUAAAACAUAACUCACAUCCUGCCCCCACCCCAUGCCCCCAUCCGCCCCUCACACACAAAUUGACUCUUAUUUAUAAAUUUAAUAUAUAUAUAUAUAUUUUGGUUCUUUUCUCUCUUCCUCCCACUUUAUCCCUUGUCAAUUCCAAACAGACAAAACAGAUAAACAAACAAGUCCCCUGCCCUUCUCUCCCUUCCACUGUUAAGGACCCUUUUAAGCAUGUGAUGUUGUCUUAGCAUGGUACCUGCUGGGUUUUUUUUUUCUUAAGGCCAUUUGGGGGGGUUAUUUAUUUUUUAAGGAAAAAACUGAAAAAAUUAUAUAUUGCAAGAUGUGAUGGUCUGGUUUGGGUGAAUUUCAGGGGAAAUGAGGAAAAGAAAAAAGGAAAGAUUUUUAAACCAAUUCUCCUCCUUCUCCUCCUCCUCCUCCUUCCCCCCUCUUUCCUUAGGCCGUUUGCAUUGAAAAUGCACCAGGGGAGGUUAGUGAGGGGGAAGUCAUUUUAAGAAGAACAAAGCUAUGAAGUUCUUUUGUAUUAUUGUUGUGGGGGGAGGCUGGGAGGAGAGGGGGGAAGACAGCAGACAAAGCUAAAUGCAUCUGGAGAGCCUCUCAGAGCUGUUCAGUUUGAGGAGCCAAAAGAAAAUUGAAAUGAACUUUCAGUUCCGAGAGGCAGUCUGUAGGUAGAAUCCCCCCACCCCCAUUGUGGUUAUUGUGUUUUUGGACUGAAUUUACUUGAUUAUUGUAAAACUUGCAAUAAAGAAUUUUAGUGUCGAUGUGAAAUGCCCCGUGA